UCAUCUCCAAAUUCCCCCCACUUUCUCAUAACCAGAAAACAUGCCUUCAAUCCCUGAAGAACCUCUUCUUGCCCCAAAUCCAGAUCGAUUCUGCAUGUUCCCAAUCAAGUAUCCACAGAUUUGGGAAAUGUACAAAAAAGCUGAAGCUUCGUUUUGGACGGCGGAGGAGGUCGAUUUAUCGCAGGAUCAGCGUCAAUGGGACAACCUAACCGACGGUGAGAGGCACUUCGUCACUCACGUCCUCGCCUUCUUUGCCUCCUCCGACGGAAUCGUUUUGGAAAACCUAGCCGGAAGGUUCAUGAAAGAGGUCCAAGUUGCGGAGGCGCGUGCGUUCUACGGAUUCCAGAUCGCGAUCGAGAAUAUUCACUCGGAAAUGUACAGUCUCCUUCUCGAAUCAUACAUCAAAGAUUCCAACGAGAAGAACAGGCUCUUUCACGCCGUUGAAACCAUCCCUUGCAUCCAGAAGAAAGCCAAAUGGGCGCUCCGAUGGAUCGACGGAUCUGAAUCCUUUGCCGAACGUAUCAUUGCCUUUGCCUGCGUCGAAGGCAUCUUCUUCUCCGGCAGCUUCUGCGCCAUUUUCUGGCUCAAAAAACGAGGUCUGAUGCCAGGACUAACAUUCUCAAACGAACUGAUCUCUCGAGACGAAGGCUUGCACUGCGAUUUCGCUUGUUUGCUCUACAGCAUGUUGAAGAUGAAACUGAGUGAGGAACGAGUGAAGGCGAUUGUGGCGGAUGCGGUGGAGAUCGAAAGAGAGUUCGUCUGUGAUGCGCUGCCGUGCGGGUUGGUGGGCAUGAACGGCGAUCUUAUGAGCACAUACAUUGAAUUCGUGGCAGAUCGAUUGUUGGUGGCUUUGGGAUGUGGGAAGAUGUAUAAAGUGCAGAAUCCAUUUGAUUGGAUGGAGCUGAUUUCGUUGCAGGGGAAGACCAAUUUCUUUGAGAAGAGGGUGGGCGAGUAUCAGAAGGCUUCUGUGAUGUCGAAUCUUAAUGGAAAUGGCGAUUCCCAUGUUUUCAAGAUGGAUGAUGAUUUCUGAAAACUUAACCUAAAAUCAUGACACUUGUUUGCUUUUGGAAUACUAAUUUUUUUCUCUUCUAUAGUUUGUAUUUUAGUGUUAUGUUUUU